AGUUAUGGUAGCAUGGUUAUGGAGUAUAGUUUAAGAAAACAUGUUCUACGUUUAUUUCACCCUGAUGUUUAUGGGGUUUUAUGUGUGUUACUAUCUCACCAAGUGUAAAAGACCCUGUAUAGUUGCUUCUCCCUCAUCACAACUAGCACAGAAAUUAUCGGAAUGUUGCUCCGUUCUCUCAGAAGUGUUCUACCCCAGUUUCCUAUUUGCUCAACCAGACCUACAAUCGCUCACUACAGAGCUCUCCGACCUAUUGAUCACAACCAAACUCGUCACCAAAACCAUCACAAUUCAUCUCCCGGACGGAGGAGAGGUAUCGUACAGUGAGCCUACGGAAGAUUGUGGGAUAGAUAAGAAGUUGAUCUUCGUCAUUGUUCCUGGAUACACAGGGGACCACAAAAGUCCAUACGUAUUACACCUGGCAGAGACUCUAGCAAAGUGUAAUGUUUGGCCGAUAAUAUUCACUGACAGAGGUAAAGGUGGUAUGAGUAUGAAGACAGCUAAAUUCUUCAGUGCGGGAUAUAACGACGGUCUAGCAGCGUUACUGGAUACUGUUAUAGAGAAUAAUCCUAACUCUAACUACGGAUUAAUUGGAAUCUCAUUUGGAGGAAUGGUGGCUUGCAACACUCUCCAUCAAUAUGACAGGAAAGAAGAAAUAAUGGUACAGUUAAUUUUGUCCUCUCCUCUCGACUCCCUGAAGACAAUAACCCGACUAAACGCUCUCCGAGCUAAAUUCUUAUACAGCGUGCCUUUUGGUAAAAAGAUAAAAAGGCUGAUAAGCAAUAACGGUAGUGUUUUUAAAACUAAAGCUCAAAAGAAGCUCUUCAGAAGCAUAUCUCGAUCAGAAAGUGUAUCUCUCACUGAUAUUGAUGAUGUGUUCAUAGCCCCAAUGUUUGGGUAUAGCAGUUCUACCGAGUAUUACAAAGACGUAUGUCUUAGUCGAUGUCUUAAGGAGACCACAAUUUUCACCAUUUGCGUGAACGCUGAUGACGAUCCUUGCUAUUCAAAAGAACUAUUUCCGAUUGACGUUGUAAAGGAGAAUCCCAACGUUUGCCUCGUCAGUACUGCAGCUGGAGGGCAUUACGGGUUUGCUGGUCUAGGCUGGCCUUUCCAUCGGACUACUUUCACGGAUACAUUAAUUUCCCAAGUCAUAUCCAUGAUUCAUCGUCAGCUGAUGACGUAAUGGUAUUUGUGUACAUUUCUAAAUUAUUUUUAAUUUUUUUUAUUUGGAUUGGGUGUGUUAUAGUCUUCUAAUUUUACCCUUGUAAAUAUCAUUUAUCGAUAGGAUGAUUUUAACCGCUAUGAAAUUAUGAAUUGGUGAUAUAACGGAGUUUUUACUAAAAACUUUUUAUAAAUUUAAUCUGAGAUUUAUCACAGGUUUAUUUGUACAUUUUAAAAGUUUAUUAAAGCAGAACUGAACCAUGUAAAUAAACUCAAUUAAUUUAUUAAAAAUGUAAAUCGCUCUACGUUCUAAUAUUAGGCCCUAUACCACUGCCGACUCCGAUUAAUUUCUUCAUACUUUUCAAGUACGGUUAGAAAUUAGAAAAGAUAACUAGGAUAACCAUGGUUACUGGCACCGUUACCAAUGUAACUGGUGCUCUUAGCUGUUAACUUGGUCACCAAGACUAGGAAUUGUUGAAUGUUUGAUUUUUACAAGUUUUUUAAUGAUUUAACUGAUUUUUACAGUUAUAGUUUUAUAUACACUGUACGAGAGGUUACUAUAGUAACUACAAUUAGAAUUUUUGUAUGUAAACUCUGCGAGUGGUUUUCUACAAUGUUUUAUUUUUAUACUUGGUUGAUAACCGUCAAAGUGUUGCUUAAUAUCUUGUUACUACGAACUGGGUCACAAACAUACUUGCUUGAAGAAACUCUGCUUAUGGGGCUGUAAUCAAAGUUACUGACAUUAAGUUAUAACUUCAAAACAUGAAAUUUAAGGGUAUUGAAAGUUAGGGAUUAGGGAGGCUGCUCCUGGUUAUUAUGUAGCAUUAUACCUGAGGUAAAAUAUUUGGUUAAUACAUGGCAUAAUAAAUAGCAUACGUCACAUUUGUAAUUUGGCCUGAGGACCAUGUUUUUACUAUUGUAUGAUGUUUUUAUUUGUUUUGUAGUUAACCCAUACUUUAUUUUCAAUACUAAACCUGAAUUAGUAAACGAAUUCAGAAACC